CUCGAAUAUUCACACUCGCCACGUGGAUUAAAAACAAGGAGGAUCUAUUAGCAAAAUUAUUUUCAUAGCAAAUAGCUGUGCGGAUUUUAUCGAUCGUUGAUAAAUCAAGUAAAAUUGAAACGAAUCGUUAACGUGGUGAAUUAACAAGACGGUAUAAUCCAAAGAGUAUCGCAGAAGAAAUUUCAUCAUGGGCAAAGAAAAGGUUCAUAUUAACAUUGUAGUCAUUGGACACGUAGAUUCUGGCAAAUCUACCACCACUGGACACUUGAUCUACAAAUGCGGUGGUAUCGACAAACGUACUAUCGAAAAGUUCGAGAAGGAAGCCCAGGAAAUGGGUAAGGGUUCCUUCAAGUAUGCUUGGGUAUUAGACAAAUUGAAGGCCGAACGUGAACGUGGUAUUACCAUUGACAUUGCUCUUUGGAAAUUCGAAACUUCUAAAUACUACGUCACAAUUAUUGACGCACCUGGACACAGAGAUUUCAUUAAGAACAUGAUCACUGGAACCUCGCAAGCUGAUUGCGCAGUGCUGAUCGUAGCUGCUGGUACAGGAGAAUUCGAAGCUGGUAUUUCUAAGAAUGGACAAACGCGUGAGCAUGCUUUGCUCGCCUUCACUCUUGGUGUAAAGCAACUCAUCGUUGGUGUUAACAAAAUGGACUCUACCGAGCCCCCCUAUUCUGAGACUCGAUUCGAAGAAAUUAAGAAGGAGGUCUCUUCGUACAUUAAGAAAAUUGGUUACAAUCCAGCGACUGUCGCAUUUGUACCAAUCUCUGGCUGGCACGGAGACAACAUGUUGGAGGUAUCUAGCAAGAUGCCGUGGUUCAAGGGAUGGGUAGUAGAACGUAAAGAAGGCAAGGCAGAAGGAAAGUGUCUUAUCGAAGCUCUUGACGCCAUCCUUCCACCUACCAGACCUACGGACAAGGCACUCCGUCUUCCACUUCAGGACGUGUACAAGAUCGGUGGUAUCGGAACGGUACCGGUCGGUCGUGUUGAAACCGGUGUAUUGAAGCCGGGUAUGGUUGUUACGUUUGCUCCGGCGGGUCUUACCACCGAAGUUAAAUCCGUCGAAAUGCAUCACGAGGCUUUGCAAGAGGCUGUUCCUGGUGACAACGUUGGUUUUAACGUAAAGAACGUAUCUGUCAAGGAAUUGCGCCGUGGUUUCGUCGCUGGAGAUUCCAAAAAUAAUCCACCAAAAGGAGCUGCUGAUUUUACCGCUCAGGUCAUCGUACUGAAUCAUCCAGGACAAAUCAGCAACGGUUAUACGCCGGUAUUGGAUUGCCAUACCGCUCACAUUGCGUGCAAGUUCGCCGAGAUAAAGGAGAAGUGCGACCGUCGUACCGGCAAAACCACCGAAGAAAAUCCAAAAUCUAUAAAAUCAGGAGACGCUGCUAUUGUGACUCUUGUGCCGAGCAAGCCAAUGUGCGUAGAGGCAUUCCAAGAAUUUCCUCCGCUUGGACGUUUCGCUGUCCGUGACAUGCGUCAAACGGUAGCAGUCGGUGUAAUCAAGGGUGUCACUUUCAAGGACACGACGGGUGGAAAAGUCACCAAGGCCGCCGAGAAGGCCCAGAAAAAGAAAUAACUAGUUUCCGUAUGCAUGUAUCGCCGGAUGGGCUCCGGCCUCUUGUAGCUGAGGUAGUUUGUCCUCUUUCUUCAUGCCUUUCGUAUAAGAGGAAGUCGUUAUGCUCGCCGUCGUCGAAGGCAUUUCCUAUGAAAUUGCAUUCCGUUAGGAAUAACGAGAGCAGGAUCAAUAAAGGGUCGCGACGUUACGGCUUCGACUCGAACGUCCAGAUUAUUACAUCUUUCUCGCGUUUCUUUGGUAUUCGUCUCUUUCGUUUAUCGAAGCGUUCGCUUCGUCACUUCUUCCAUCGUAAAGAAUUUCGUAGGAAAGGCUACGGGUAGACGAGAGAACAUUUCCGACUAUAAACACACGCAACUCCUUUAACUUGUACGAUUUACAUGAGGUAAGAGGAGUAAACUACGUGAGCUAUCUCGCGAUAACGAUUUCUUUCACGUGAACAUCAAGAGAAUAUCAUAAUUUAGCUCGGCUUAAUUAUAUUUUCUAAUUAUUAUACGGAAUUAAUAAAUCCUAUAUCUGCGAUAUUCGACAAACAUAUUUCAUUAUUAUUCUUUGUCGUCGUUAUUGCUGCUAACGAGGUAUCAUCGUCAUCCUUUUAUCCGAUAUGCUUCCAAUUCUUUUACUCCGGGAAGUCGAUCGAAACGUUGUGUCCCCUUUAUUAUUAAUAUAUCGUUUCUCUCUUUUCCAACCGGUCUUUCUUCUUUUCUCUUUCUUUCUCUUUUUCUUUUUUUUCUCUUUUUUUUUUUUUUUCUUGAAUAACCGCGUAAUAAGCACAAAGGUAAGCACGGAUUCAUAUGAGAAACUCGAAAUUACGCGGAGUAUAUAAUGCAGUAGUAGAUUUGAAUAGAUUUCGUUAGGUGUACGGGACCUGUUCUUUAAUAUUAAUAUUUUUCGAUUACAUCAGAUUAAGUAAAAAGUCUGAUUGCUCAAGACAUACGUACAUACACAAAUAACUUUUCUACAAAGGUAUACACAUAUUGCUUUUAUCGAUGACAAUUGUCUUUUUACUCGAUCCACGCGAAUUGUGGUAUUGUGCAGGAGGGCGAUAUCUUUGCAGUAACUCGGCACUUUAACCUGUGACUUUGCAUAACAGAAUUGGUUGAAAACAGUUUUCUGUACAUAUGAAUAACGAUAAUAAUGAGUAGUAAAGGCGAAUAAAGAAGCUACGGAAUCCAA